AUGGAUCUACCAAGCCGUAAACGUUGCAAAAAGAAGCUCGUGUUAAGUGAUUCCGAUUCGUCAAGUGGAGCGGAUGAAAGGAAACAGUUAAUAUAUAGAAAAGUGUUACAAAGAAUUAGUCCAACCAGAAAUUCUACUGUGAAUAAGGUAAACAUUUUGAAAAAUGUUCAAAUUUGCCCGCCCUCUACUGCAAAGUCAGAAAAUGAGAUCGACAGUGAUUCUGAAAAUGAUUUUUGUCCAUCCUCUAAAAAAUACAGGAAAUUACAACAAAACAACGAAUUUUUCAUUAGUCCAAGUACUAGUAAACAAUAUAGUGUCCUCAAAAGUAUAGAAAUACAAAGUUCAGAAUUAAACCCAAUUUUGCUUACACCUACUCAAAAAUUUAAACGUAAGAGUAACUGCAACCAGAGCCGGGCGUCGUCCCCUGAUUCUUUGAAUAUUUUUGGUGAAACAAGCAGGUGUUCUUCUUUGAGUAAUAUUUCAUGUUCUAAACUGUUAACUGUAAACUUAACUGAAGAAAAUAUGCAAGAACUACUAAAAACACCUUCGUCAAAUCGUACUAAAUCAGAAAAACAGGAGAUAAAAAAUAAAAAAUAUGAAUUCAUACACUCAUUUGAAGAUAAAAAUACAGAUGAUGAUAGCAUACUAGAUUUUCAUACCAAGGAUAUAAACAUAAAAAUACAUUCUCUAGAACAAAAAUUACAGGGAGAAAGUCACUUACAAGAACAUCUAGAACAAGAACAGGAUGAAGAACGCCAAGAGCCAGAAGAAGAACGCCAAGAGCAGGAAAAAGAUCGACAAGAACAAGAGGAGAAACAUCAAGACCAGAAUGAAGUACAUCUAGCGCAGGGAGAGGAACAAGUUAGACAGAGUUACGAUGAACAACAAGAAGAAAAGUAUACUGAAUGUGAAAAUAAAAUACAAGCUAGAAGCAAUGUUAAUGAAGAAUACGAAGACACAGACAUUUCGAUUGAAAGCUUAGAAUCAACCGACGUAGAAGUAAAUGAAAAUGAAGCAAGUGAAAGUGAACUGGAAAGUGACAAUCAAAUAGCUGAAACAGAAAGUACCAAUAACGACGACAGUUGGAUUGACAUAUCUGAUGAUGUAUGUAUUAAUUUCGAAGAGAGUGCGUUUGAUAGUGCUAUUAUUCCUCGCUUAUGUAAUAAAACACCUAUAGAUAUAUACAGGUUGUUCCUAACUGAUGAAAUUAUUGAUAAAAUAGUACGAGACACAAACAAUUAUGCGACAAAGUAUUUUGAAGAUAAUCAAGAUAACGUGAAGGCAAAAUCUCGUCUUAAAGCAUGGAAACCUACGGAUGAUGAAGAAAUAAGAAAAUUUUUUGGAGUCAUACUUGUAAUGGGUCUAAACACAAAUCAAUUGAUAAUACUGGGGAUAAGUUAUACAAAAUUCGCCAAAUACAUGACAUGUUGA